CUUGGACUUGGACCAUGUUUACAGCUCGUUAGCUUGUUUCGAUUUAUUGUUAUUAUUCAUUACGGAGCCAGCCCUGAGUGCUCACCAAACACACCACACCCACUUUCCACUUCUACUUCCACUUCCCAGCUGUAUCUUCGCCUCUUCCCAACCACAACAACAACAACAUCUAUAUACAUACCUCAUCCACCGCAUCUGCCACACCAGUUACCACCUCAUAUCCUCCACAUAUAUCGUUCUGUGGAAGCUUCCCUUGGCCCCCCCCCCCCCCUCUCUUCCCUUGAAUCCAAGCUAGUCUGUGGUGCCUUUUGUUAGCCCUGACAUGACGAUCGACAUCCCUCCCUCCUCCCCCCCUUGACCUCCCCCAUCUCGAAUACCCCUCCCGCGCCCCCUUAUCUCCGUAUUCUUCCCCCGGAAAUAACCCCUACAUAUUCCCUUCCGCUACAUAUCCACGAUGGUGUCACGAGCAGAUGAUUAUUCGGGAGACACCCCCCGCCCGCCGUCUUCUUCCCCAGCAUCCGCACGACUGCAAGAAAAUAAUCAUCACAAUAGCACCCCCACCGUCGCAAGGUCUCGAGUUGCUAGACCGGCCACAUCUCCGUCGAAGAGGGAAUCUACCAGAUCGUCAAAGUCCACAGCGAAGGAUGUUGCGGAGCUCACGGACUUUCAAUUGGGCGAUUGCUUGGGGAAGGGCGCUUUCGGAUCCGUAUACAGGGCGCUGAAUUGGGGCACCGGCGAAACGGUAGCUGUCAAACAGAUCAAGCUGGCGGACCUGCCCAAGAGCGAGCUUAGAGUUAUUAUGCAAGAAAUCGACUUGCUUAAGAAUCUCGAUCAUCCAAACAUUGUCAAGUACCACGGCUUCGUGAAGUCAAACGAGACGCUAAAUAUUAUUCUCGAGUAUUGCGAGAAUGGCUCCUUGCAUUCGAUUUCGAAAAACUUUGGCAGAUUUCCCGAGAACCUCGUCGGCCUUUACAUGUCCCAAGUGCUCCAUGGACUUCUAUAUCUACAUGAACAAGGUGUCAUACAUAGGGAUAUCAAAGGGGCAAAUAUUCUCACCACGAAGCAGGGGCUAGUCAAACUAGCAGAUUUCGGCGUUGCCAGUCGUACCACGGGACUCCAUGAGUCUAGCGUUGUUGGGACGCCGUAUUGGAUGGCGCCGGAAGUGAUAGAGUUGUCCGGCGCAACGACUGCUUCUGACAUAUGGAGUCUCGGUUGCACAGUCAUAGAGCUGCUUGAGGGGAAACCCCCUUAUUACAAAUUCCAGCCUAUGCAGGCCUUAUUUCGUAUAGUUAAUGAUGACCAUCCUCCCUUACCCCAGGGAGCAUCACCUGCUGUGAGAGAUUUUCUCAUGCAAUGUUUCCAAAAAGACCCGAACCUUCGAGUGACCGCCCGAAAACUUCUGAAACACCCCUGGAUAGUCAAUGCCAGAAGAUCUGAUUCCGUCGUCACUACAAAAUCCACCGAGUAUGAAGAAGCUGUCAAGAGCGUGCAGGAAUGGAACGAGGCCCUGCGUUCACCAGACGCCAACUCCGCGCGGAAACCCUUACGACCAGGCUACAUGAGCCCAGGACCUGGACCGGGACAGAAGGACUUUGCGCUUCCGCUUGUUAUACCAUCCAGAGAUUUACUUGCAGGAUCGGGGUCAGGGCCAGGUAACUCCAGAGAUGCCGCCGAACGGUUUCGGUCACCCAACGGCGGCGACGCCGAUGAUAACUGGGAUGAUGAUUUCGCAUCCGCGAUAUCCCCAAGCGCACUUCGAUUGCCGCACUUGAAGCCACAUGACAACUUUGGUGGGAUGCUAUCGCCCGAGAAGCUAAAAGCAUUUGCUUCUUUUGAGAGCGUGGCUGAACUCGGAAAUAUAGGUAGUCAUAGUGACCCCGCCGCCGGCGAUGACGAGGAUAAUACGACUGUGAACCGUUCCUUUGAUCACAACGACACAGACCCGCUGCAAACCAUCCGUCCGUUUGUCAUCCCCCAGCCGGUCCCGGACGACGAAAGUGGUAGUGUCGGGAACAGCAGCCCACCCAAACACCCAAGGCGACCACGGCAGCGGAAAUUUUCUAUCCCUCCUAUUAAAACCGGCAGCGCCAUAGUCACCCCCAGAUCCAAUAUCGCUACUAAACCGGCCCGACCCGCUGCGUUCUACAAGGAGAGCUCCGUCGAGGAUUAUUCAGAUCUCAUCGCCGCGAAUGAUGCUGUUCUUGAAAAGAAAUUGCGUGCUAUUCAGGGCGUUGGCAAUGACACGAACAAAUCUGAUGCCAUCGGUAUAACCGACUCCGCAAUGUUAGAACAAAGGACUGCCGGUGACGAUGACUUGGGCCAUUCCCCGCAACGAUCACGCCGCGCACGUAGACGGCCUCCAAUUAGCCGCUCUCGUUCAUCCAUCGAAAUAGAGAAGUUCGCGGAAGAUGAGGAUGACGAAGACUUCUCUGACAUCCUCGGCAAUGAGGAGGAUACGUUUGUCAACGCGGAAAGUGAUGACGGUAAUGCUUCGGACCGGAGUACACUCAUGCUCAAUUCGAAACUAUCGUGUAAUUCUUGGUUAGGGGAUGUGGAUGAUGAGGACGACCCAUUUGCCCAGCUUGAGGAGGGAUUGGAUGAGAUGGAUCUGGAGGCAAAUAUCGCUCGUGAUAAGUAUGCGCGUUUGCGGAAUCAGGUGGAAGGCCUUGUUAGUUCGUUGAAGACAUCGCAGGAAGAUGAUGUGCUGGCGGAUAUAUCGGAGCAGUUGAUGAUUUUAUAUGCCGAUUUGCCAGAGACGAAGAGUGUUAUUAUCAGCGCCCAUGGCAUGCUUCCUAUCUUAGAAAUUCUCGAAAAUUGUCGGAGACGGGACGUGAUUUCCAAUCUUUUAAAGAUUGUUAAUGCGAUCAUAUUCGACGAUUACGAAGUCCAAGAAAACCUCUGUUUCGUUGGCGGGAUUCCCAUAAUCAACAAAUUCGCAUCGAAGAAAUACCCGCGAGAAAUUCGUCUUGAGGCCGCAGCCUUCGUCCAACAAAUGUAUCAGACGUCCACGUUGACAUUACAAAUGUUCGUUAGUGCGGGUGGGUUGAAUGUUCUUGUCGAAUUUCUCGAGGAUGAUUAUGAAGAUGAGCGGGACCUCGUUUUAAUAGGGGUUAAUGGGAUAUGGAGUGUUUUUGAAUUACAGGGAUCGACGCCGAAAAAUGACUUCUGCCGCAUCUUAUCGAGAAAUUCAGUUUUGGACCCGCUAUCCCUAGUUCUAAGUAGAGUUCUGGAUGAAGAAGGAGAGCUUGCUGAACUUUGUGAGGGCCGGAUUGCCAAUAUAUUUUUCAUAUUUUCCCAGGCUGAAAGCCAUGUCAAGGAAAUGGUCGCUGAAAGGACCGUUUUGCAUAGGGUUCUCAAGGAGCUGAAAAGGAUGACUCCCGUCCACCAAAUAACGAUGCUAAAAUUUAUCAAAAACCUAUCCAUGCUGUCCACGACCCUGGAAUGCCUUCAAAACUCUAAUGCAAUUGAUGUUCUUACAGAGCUACUGAGAUCGACCAUGAAGGGACCACACUUCCGAGAAGUGUCUAAUCAAAUUCUGAACACAAUCUAUAACAUGUGCAGGUUAAGCAAACCGCGCCAGGAGGAUGCUGCUUUGAAUGGCAUCAUACCGCUCCUGCAGAAAAUCGUCAAGACGGAGCGGCCAUUGAAGGAAUUUGCUCUGCCUAUUCUUUGCGAUAUGGCACAUUCUGGGAAAGUCGGUCGUCGAGAGCUGUGGCGCAAUAAAGGCCUUUCGUUCUACGUAUCGUUACUUUCGGAUCCGUAUUGGCAGGUUACUGCUCUCGACGCAAUAUUUACAUGGCUGCAAGAGGAAACUGCCAAAGUCGAAGAACAUCUCCUAGACGAUCGAAAUGGACCUCCUCCUUUCGUCGAGGCUAUUAUUCGUUGCCUGACGAUAUCCAAAGCAAAUGCUUUCGAAAACCUUCUCGAACCCCUCCAGAAGUUAUUACGGCUUAGUCCACCUAUCGCAUCGACCUUAGCCCGGCCAGAUAUGUUCAGCCGCAUUGGGCAAAAGCUACACCACACUAAACCCGCCGUGCGGGUGAAUCUACUACGUAUCCUCUCCACCAUCUGUGACUCAACGGAUGAACACGGCAGCCUUCUAAGCCGCUACGGCCUCCUCGACGCAAUCCGCGAACUACAAAAGGAUUCCCGUGUCCUAGUCCGCGAACUAGCAGUCCAGCUAAUAAAAUCAAGCGAAGAGAGCGAUGCAGCGCUUCUUGGUUCUGCUGCGGUCAAACGCCGCACAACCCUAAGACGACAAAGUACCUCGACAACCCCUCCCUCCUUAAUGUCUAGUCAUUCAAUGCCCACCACGCCGCAAGUCGGCCGGUCUAGCGGGUCGAAGUUAUUGUAUGAGGGUAGGGACACGCCGCGCCGUCGCGAGAAUGGGAUCAACGGUGUCAGCCUAGGCCUGAGGCCUGGCAGUCGGGAUGGGAGGACUGCAGCUGGAGCCGCUACCGCGGGUGUCGGAGCGGCUUCUACCGGUGGUGGUGGUGGCGGUGGGACCGGCGGGGCAGCAAGCGGAGGGGUGAAAGCACGUCUUCCACGCGCCAUGACUCAACUUCGGCCAUCAUCCUCGUCACCUUCGUCUCAGCAGUCGCCGGUAUCAUCAUUGGGGACGUCGCCGCAGUUAAGUGAGGAUAUGCGGACGCCGACGUCAUCGACGAGACCGCCGUCUUCGAUUGUUAAUGCUCGAAGGCGGAGGACGAAUACCGGAGGUUCGGGAUGGACGUGAAAAGUACGGGGUCGAACCUUUACUAGAUGGCGAGUUGAUGGCAUUGACUUUUUAUUUCUUUGCUUUUUCCUCGCUGUGAUUUUCCAAUACUUUAUCUACCCCCUUGUCCAUUUCUUUGAACUCUAUUUCAAAGAGAACGGGGUUUCUCUUCAUAACGGACGUCAGGGUAGUGUGUAUUAUUUUUCUCCUUUUUGUUUUUUGAUAUGUACGUGGUGGCGGGUACUAGAGAGAAAAGGGGAUAGGUUUUUUUUUUGUCUCUGUCAUACUCUCAAGCUUUCCACUCACGUACUUUGCAUUGGCUACACUUACACACAACAUAUAUUAUUGCAUAGCAUAGGCGCACUGCAUUGGGCAUAGCUAUUCGACGAUAGUCAAAUCAUUGAACGUGUUUCCAUUUUCAUUUCAUUUCUUUUUCCAAAAUACAUUUCCUCUGUUCAGCUUCUUAUCCUGUCAUAUUUUACUUCCCCUCUCCCGCCCCCCGCCGCACCGCUCUGUUUCAAGGGUGGAAAGUACCAGGUUGCGCGUUCGGAUCGGAUUCUGCUCUCUUGCCUCUUGAAAGAGAAGCAGAUUCCAACAAUAUGAAGACCUUUUCUCUUUCUAUUGAUUUGCCUCUGAUUUCUACAGCUUCAUCACCCUCUUAACUAACUUACCCCUGAAUAGUAAAGUAGGAGCCCGACUCCGACUUCUUUCUACUCGACCCGUUUGCAUAUAUAUAUUUGGCAAUAAUGAGCAAGAUAUCCUCCCUCUUGGUUUCUUCUUUUUGUUAAUUUUAUUUGAAAUUACAUAUUAUUGUUGACGUUGCAAAAAUCCCUAAAAGUUCUUGUUCCC